CACGUGUAUUCUAAGGGAUCCGGAGAGCUGUGCUAUGGUAGGCCCAGCGAUAUCCACCAGCAAUGGGCCAUCAGAUGAUGCCAGCGCUGUGCGAGAAAGCGCCAGUGCUGGUCGUGCAACUAGGCCUGCUGAGGACGUCGAUACGCGCUGGAGCGUGGCCGUGGCGGCCUCUUUCAUCGCUUUCUUCACUGUAGCCUCGUCAUCUAAUCUGGGAUUCUUCUUCGUAUACUUCCUAGAAGAGUUCCAGACAACACGGGAAGAAGCAUCCUGGCCAGGCAGCGUUCUUCAAAUUAUGGGACACGUGUCUGGCAUACUCGUGGCAAUUAUCCAGCCAUUCUUCUCGACCUUCCACAUUGCCUUUGCCGGAAGUAUGUUGCUUUGGUUGGGAGUAUUAGCGGCCGUGUUCGCUCCUAGCAUACCAUGGAUGACCGUCACGUUCGGAUUUCUGCAUGGAGCCGGAAUGGGAAUCGUGAGUGUCGCAGUGAUCGUUGCCCUCAUGACGCACUUCGACAAGUACCGAGGAGUGGCUGCCGGCUUUAAAUACACCGGCAACACCAUGGCAACACUAUUGUUGCCAAAGUUUCUCUCGUGGCUGCAAGAGAUGUUUUCCUUCAGGGGCACACUGUUAAUAUAUGCGGCGUUGAUCAUGAAUGCAACGGCGUUCACUAUCUUUCUGAGAGAUAACAAAACAGUGAGUAACCAAGAGCCAAGGAGUCAAUCAAAUCAGAAGGAAUCUCUUAAAGGAGUCAAAGAGGGUGUCUCCCCAAAAGGAUUAUCUGUUGCUUGAUCAUAACGCUCGGUAUGUAAGAAACUGGAAACACAGAGGCGCUUGCGAAAAGAACUUUGAUAAAACCCCAGAAGCCCCGUCUCUACGGGUUGACCACAUGGAAUACUCGACUCGUCACUCACCCCGGAAAGAUGAAGAGCGCGAACAUGUGGCACCAGAAAUAAGGACGGCCUCAAAAUAUGAAAUAGGGGGAAACGUUCAAACGGGUGAAGUACACGGGACUUGCCACCUCGCACAAAAACUUGGCAUUGUGGUUGCAAAACACGAACAGGAUGUCAUGAACGAAGGUGGGUUAGCGCAUAUGAUAACCGAGGUUGCAAGAAAGGAAGAUGGCUGCGGCAAGUGGCUAAGAGAACCAAACGUUAAUAAAGAGAAGCAACGCAACCGUAAUUUUCUACAGAAGAACGUUGCUCCGCAACCAAGACAUGACGCAAUCAAUGGUACCGCUUAUGAGGAAACAACUGCAGAUCAGCGAUUGCCAGAUCCAUCGCCCCAACCUCGUACUUGCCAUGGCGGCACUUUAGAUCUAUUAUCGAAACCCACCUUCUAUGUGCUCAUCCUUGGAGCCGUGGCCGCCGACUACACGAUUCUCGUCGUGCAUGGUACUAUUAUCGACUACGCGUUGGACAAAGGCGUUGAGCGCAAGAGUGCCGAGCUGUCGAUGACGUAUUGCGCAGCGACCGAACUCAUGGGACGUUUGCUUCUUCCCUUAGUGGCUGACUUUCAAAUUGUUGGGCGCAUCAGUCUGGUGGCGUUCUGCUUUGUCGCAAUGGCGGCCAUGUCAUUGGCACUGCCCUUUACUGCGUCUUUCUUGAGCUACAUCAUCGUACAAGUGACAACGGCGUUUUUCCUGGCCUGCGUCACCACCUUCAAGGGAGUUCUUGUGGCUGACAACUUUGGUGCCAAAGCAGUGCCCACAUUCUGGGGAGCCAAUGGUCUUGCCUUGAUCCCACUCCUUUCAGCAAAUCCGUUCAUAACAGGGCUCUUCCGGGACACGAUGGGAUCGUACGACAAUCUUCUAAGACUACUAGCAGGCAUCCAGCUAUUCACGGCCGCUGGGUUUUUUGUACUGGCAUACGUACAAAAAAGGCGAAGUAAAAUUAGUUGGUAGUACAAUUUUUCUAGAGACGACGUGCCGCUGGGACGGGUCAUAGUACUACUUGUAAUACCAGCCAGCUGCACAGGCUGCAUUAGACUGCGCAUCGUGAACUUUUCCUGCUUGAUAAUGUAAAGAGCCAAUGACGAAAGCGUGUGCGUGAUAUAGCUGGCAAGCAGCACAUUUUCUAUGGCAACGUUCGCUAUUUCGAUAUUGGCAACAAUGUAGAGCUACGUUCUGGUCAAAUGUUUAUGAAAUAAUGGUAAGCUUUAGUCGGUAGUGGCAAUCGCCUAGUUUGUUUCAUCUUCGCGCUCAUGCCGUGAGAAGCAUAUGGCCUUGGAAAUUGUAGCGUUGUGCUAAAGGAUGCGAGAGAACAAGUGAAACAAAAAAGAAGCCACAGUGUAAACUUGCUGAAAUAAAUUGUAAAAUAGCCUAACUUAGCCUCGCAGCAGCAAAAUAUUGUCGCUUAUAUACCGGACAUGCAGGUGGCGUUUCAGAUGCAUGAAGCAAAAUUAUUUUUAAAAAACUGUUAGGUUUGUGCUGUUGAGUAUGGCAAGUGAUUCAUCAAAGGCAGAGUGUAUAUUUCCUGGCUCAGGGCUCACGGCAGCCAUUCCUGCUAUGUUCUCGCGGGGAUGCGGGCGAAAUCCUGAUUGUUACCUGAUCAAGUAGAGUGGUAGGCCCGAAAAUAAAUUUAAACGCGCCACCCAGUCAACAUGUUAAUCACCGUGUACUAUAACUGUAGAUAUAGGUUUAAUACGCAGCUUUAGAACAGCGUUCGAUGCCUUACGUACGUUAAAGGCAAGCAGUUCACGGAACAUUACAAUGCCCAUGUUUUGAAGGCGUUUAGGCUAAGGUACAGAAGCAUAAACGUCAAGAAAACGUCAAAGACGAGGUGCUGUCUGGUGCCCCGUGUAAAACAUACCCAAUCCAAAUCACUCCACUGUCAACCACAUUGUCGUUUCUAAGGCGACGCGCCAGGAAGCUAGGUUUGCCGAAAGAUCUGAAAAAUUGAAUGCGCUAUGCGCUGAUAAUAAGCGUUUAGAGGAAGUGAAAGCUCAUUUAAGCAGUUACCGGAUAUCAGGAAUAAUGAGCGUAGCCAUGACUGCAAUUAUCACUGAAGAGGGAGCAACAGAUCCUGCCAUGUUUGACAACGAUAGUUCUUAGCGCAUGUAAACAUUACGUACAUUAUUGUCACCAAGUAAAGUGAGUUGAUAUAUACUGUACGUAAACCUCAGGAACCUUGUAGCGUAAUACUGUACGGAGCAUGCGCAGUGAGGACAACGCUAUUUACGUAUGCAAUGCUUUUACGUUUGCUGGCACGCGCUGUUCUAAAAUUGUCAAAAAUACGGUCAUCGGCAAGAAAGCAUUUCACGCCACUAGCUGUUAAUGCUAUGGCGCAUUCUCAGUCUUUCUUAAAAUGCAAUGUACUUCCUGGUAUGAAAAUGCAUAGUUACCAUUUAUGUAUUGUCUUCAAGUACGAAACAAUCGAAAACACAUUAUUUUUCCCACAAGAUUCCGAACUAUCCCACCGAGAAGAGGCAUAUGAAACCUGACAAACCAAUAAAUUGGCUCUUCGAAAAUGCCUAUAAUAAGCAUUGUAGUUGGCGGUUACUAGAAAAUAAUUUGCCGCGGCUUUUGAACAAUCUGUGUGCGAAUAACAUCAGCCAUGAAACUGCACCGCUUAGAAAAGAAUCUUUUAAUAUUUGAUUUCCUAUGGUGCUUAGUAUACUUAUAGGUAAAUCUUUAUGAUUGUCCUCUCACCAAAGUGCUAAAUCGACAUAUGUGGGUGUUGUCUUGUAUUAGUGUGUUCCUCGUGUAUAUUUUCAUCUCAUUGUGAAUGUUUUUUCUUUGUCCGCGACACAUUUCAGGGACUUACCUCAUGCAUUUGUUUUUCAAACAAACGCAUUUUGCUUGUGUUAUGUUGAACUUUAUAUUCCUACCUUUGUUACUCCAUACGAAUGUUAGUGCACUUUUAUUUUGUCUCAUCCAUGCGAAUGCCGCCGAAGUGCUUUAGAUGUCCACAGCCUUGUCAAGCUUCCGAGAGAUGGCUUUACCGAAGACUCCUCUGCUAUCAUGUACAUAUUCUAUGGCGCAAUAAAUUGCAUUUCAUUCAACUGAAUAUGGUACGUAGAAAUCGAAAGAUUUUCGCAGUUCUA